AUGUAUAGGAAGAAUUACGUGGAUUCAACAAAGGAGGUUCUUGGUGAUAUGAUGAAUGUGGUUUCAAACAAGAGCUGGGAAUUGAAGAGAGUUCAUUGCUUUGAUAGAAGAUUGAGUUUCAUUAAUGUGUACAGUGAAUGUACACCUGUGAUCAAAGAAUUUGCUUUCUUGGAGGGUUAUGUGACACUGUGUAGGAAUAUGAUCCGGCCUGAAUACUGGAAGGUUUGCCCCUUUGUCCACCAUGAAGAGAAACAUUAUUUAAGGAAAAUAGAAGAGGAAAGUGAUGAGAUUUUUCAGCAACUCAAAAGAAGUCAACACAAUAUGUACCUAAAGGGGAAACUCUUAAGUCAGAUAUAUGAGGAACUCAAGGAAUUGUGCCAUAAACCAGACAUGGAGCUGCUCCAGCAUUAUGACAACAUGUUGGAAAGGAGUGAGUCAGCACAGCUGCACAUGCCCCAGCCUGUAGUCCCACAGCUCAGUUCAUGGCCCAUUCCUGGACUGGUAGGCUGGCUCAACCAAUUCCAAGUGCACAUUGCCUUGGAUAAUGAAAUAGUCACUGGUCAUGUCCCUGUGUUUGAAGAUCUGAGACGUCUGCUGGCUGGUCCUGAUCAUCCUGUUGGCGACAACAGUCCACCAAGAUCUAAAUAUCUUCUUGCCUGGGGAGCUGAGUCAUUCACUUCUGGUCAACAUUACUGGGAGGUGGAUGUGGCGGGCUGUUGCAGCUGGGCAAUUGGAUUUUGUAAUGAUUCUUGGGCAAGAAAGAAUGACAUGGGACUUGACUCAGAGGGAAUUUUUCUACUUCUUUGUAUCAAAGAGAACAACCAGUGCAGUCUCUUUACCUCCUCCCCACUAUCACCUCAAUAUGUCAAAAGGCCUCUAGGCCGGGUGGGGUUGUUCCUGGAUUAUGAUGGUGGUUUCCUGAGCUUUUUCAAUGUGGCCAAUAGUUCCCUCAUUUGUCGUUUCCUCUCCUGCUCCUUCUCUUCUCCUCUCAAACCUUUUCUUUGCUCUGGACACACUUGA